CUCUGACCUGGCGCGACUCGAAUAUCUGUCGUUUAUGAAACAGCUAAAACCACAGAGGAAAAAGAAACUCUCAUUUGUCUGUCACCUUUUUCUUUCUUCUCUUUCGACAUUCAAGUAAUUCAGUAUUCAGACGACUCUCAACCUCUUCAACAUUUGAUCAGGGUUUUUCUUUGAUUCCAAUUGCCAGGUCUCUCGAAAGGGUCUUCAGAUCCCUGUAGGCCCUUUUGAUCUCGAAAAUUUUUAAUUUGUAGAGAGAAAAAGUAAGUAGGAAGAUGUCUCAGGCGGGAACACUGGAUCUGGCAUCUGGGGUUGGCGGAAAGAUUGACAAGGAACAAGUUCUCUCUGCCGUUGAUAAGUAUGAGAAGUAUCAUGUAUGCUUUGGGGGUGAAGAGGAAGAAAGAAAAGCUAACUAUACCGACAUGGUCAAUAAGUACUAUGAUUUGGUCACAAGUUUCUAUGAGUAUGGAUGGGGAGAAUCAUUCCAUUUUGCACCCAGAUGGAAAGGUGAGUCUCUUCAGGAGAGCAUUAAGCGGCACGAGCACUUCCUGGCCUUACAGCUGUGCUUAAAACCAGGACUAAAGGUCUUGGAUGUAGGAUGUGGGAUUGGCGGACCCUUAAGAGAAAUUGCUCGAUUCAGUAAAACAUCGGUCACGGGUCUGAACAACAAUGAGUACCAGAUAUCUAGGGGAAAGGUGCUAAAUCGGAUCGCUGGAGUGGACCGCACUUGUGACUUCGUUAAGGCUGAUUUCAUGAAGAUGCCUUUCCCUGACAAUUACUUUGAUGCAGUUUAUGCAAUUGAAGCCACCUGCCAUGCCCCGGAUCCAGUGGGAUGCUACAAGGAAAUAUAUAGGGUACUUAAACCGGGCCAAUGUUUUGCUGCAUACGAGUGGUGCAUGACCGAUUCAUAUGACCCUAAUAACAAAGAACACCAGCAGAUAAAGGCUGAAAUCGAACUCGGUAAUGGUCUUCCUGAUAUUAGACUGACUCACCAGUGUCUCGACGCUCUUAAAAAGGCUGGUUUUGAAGUUGUUUGGGAAAAGGAUCUGGCAAAGAACUCACCUGUCCCUUGGUAUCUGCCUAUAGAUACAAGUCACUUCUCGAUUAGCAGUUUCCGUUUGACCGCACUCGGACGUUUUUUUACCAGAAACAUGGUGAUAGUUUUAGAGAAACUUGGAGUUGCCCCUAAAGGAAGUCAAAGAGUUCAAGCUUUCUUAGAGAAAGCUGCAGAAGGACUUGUUGCUGGAGCAAAGAAAGAGAUUUUCACGUCAAUGUAUUUCUUUGUUGCUAAGAAGCCCCUGGUGGCGACUGAGUAGCGUGUGAUUUGUUUAAUCCGUUUUUCACCUAAAUCAUGUUAGGGGUUUCCUCUGACCAGUAGAAGAGCUUUGUCCGAACGUUGUUCCUGGGCUUGUAAUUGUAUGAUGUGCUUUAUUUCUGGAUUUGGUAAUUUCUCCUACGGCUUGCCUUCGCCAUUAUCCAGUUACCAAGAUAAUUUUGCCAUUUGAGUACACUGAUAAUGAGCACCAAUCUUUUGUUAACCUUAUCUUUAAAUGAAGUCCUAGUCAAUAAUAAAAUUGCAACAAG